AUGGCAGCUCCGAUUCGAUUCUUUGAACUGAACACUGGUGCCAAGUUACCUUGCGUCGGUCUAGGAACCUACGCAAUGGUCGCGACAGCGAUCGAACAGGCGAUUAAGAUUGGUUACAGGCAUAUCGACUGUGCUUCGAUUUACGGAAACGAGAAAGAGAUUGGUGGUGUGUUGAAGAAGCUGAUAGGUGAUGGUUUUGUGAAGCGUGAGGAGUUAUUUAUCACUUCCAAACUCUGGAGCAAUGAUCAUUUACCUGAAGAUGUGCCUAAGGCACUGGAAAAAACGUUACAGGACUUACAGAUUGACUAUGUUGAUUUAUAUCUGAUACAUUGGCCUGCGAGCUUGAAGAAGGAAUCACUAAUGCCAACACCUGAGAUGCUCACAAAACCUGAUAUAACUAGCACAUGGAAAGCAAUGGAAGCUCUCUAUGACUCUGGAAAAGCUCGAGCAAUCGGUGUAAGCAAUUUCUCGUCGAAGAAGCUUACAGAUCUUCUUAACGUGGCACGUGUAACCCCGGCUGUUAACCAAGUUGAAUGUCACCCAGUUUGGCAGCAACAAGGUCUUCAUGAGUUAUGCAAAUCCAAAGGAGUUCACUUAUCUGGUUACUCUCCUUUGGGUUCCCAAAGUAAGGGAGAAGUCAGGCUAAAGGUUCUUCAAAACCCGAUUGUUACCGAGGUUGCUGAGAAACUUGGAAAGACCACCGCCCAAGUGGCUCUCCGUUGGGGACUCCAAACUGGUCAUAGUGUUCUACCAAAGAGCUCGAGCGGGGCUCGGCUCAAGGAGAAUCUUGAUGUUUUUGACUGGUCCAUACCGGAAGAUCUGUUUACCAAGUUCUCUAACAUUCCCCAG